GGAUUCUAUUUCCGGCAGUUCUUCUGGGGUCCUACCAGCGCGGAUUAACCGGACAACAAGCCGCAAUUGCGCUAGAUUUUCUUUAAUUUCAGUUUUGUCUUGUAAUAUUUAAACGAUUUAACCAUGUCUGGUAGAGAAGGAGGCAAAAAGAAACCACUAAAGGCGCCCAAGAAACAAAACAAGGAAAUGGAUGAUGACGACGUUGCCUUCAAGCAGAAGCAGAAGGAGGAACAGAAGGCCAUGGAGGCAUUGAAGGCCAAAGCGUCAGGAAAAGGACCUUUAACCGGUGGUGGGAUCAAGAAGUCUGGGAAGAAGUAAAGUGUGUAGAUGAUGUUUGUUUAGUUCCUGCCUGCUUGCCUGGCUACUUCAGUUUGUUUUUCACUGAUAAACAUGAGCUCUGCAACAUUCAGACCCCGUUCCUGCGCUGAGCUCGUCCAGCUCUGACUUCAGGCCACUUAAUGACAUAUUUACUGUGUACAGACAGGAGCAUGCCAGCCAGAAAGAAGAAAAAUAGUCGUCUCUCUCAUAACACCUAAAGAUUUCACUCUAUCAAUUAAUCAAAUGUUUUUAUUUUUUUGGCAAAAAUGAGAAUAAAUUGUUACAGCUCCUAAGUGGAAAAUGUUCAACAUUAAAAACUUCACUGUGACACAGAAUCACAAA